UCUCUCUCUCUCUCUCUCUUCCUCCUCCUUUUUUCUCCUCCUUUUCUCUUUUUCUCUCCCCCUUUCGCUUUACAAGGCACACAGGACAGGAAAAGCAUCGCCUCCUGACAUGGAAAUACAAUAGAUACUUAGGGGUAGGGGGAGACGAGAGUCGAUUUUAUCCUUUAUCCUUUUCGGGUAUCCUUGGUUUGGGGAUUAUAUUCUGACCUUAUUCCUGCGAUGGAGGAUACCGGUGUCCAAAGGGGCGUCUGGGAUGGAGAUGCCAAGGCUGUUCAGCAGUGUCUGACGGAUAUUUUUACCAGCGUUUACACCACCUGCGACAUCCCAGAAAACGCGAUAUUCGGUCCCUGCGUUCUAAGCCACACUUCCUUGUACGACAGUAUAGCUUUUAUAGCUCUCAAGUCCACGGACAAGAGAACAGUUCCUUAUAUAUUCCGGGUGGACACGUCAGCAGCAAACGGCUCGUCAGAAGGUCUGAUGUGGCUUCGCCUGGUUCAGUCAGCCAGAGAUAAAGAAGAGCAGAACCUGGAAGCCUACAUCAAAAACGGCCAGUUAUUUUACCGAUCCCUUCGAAGGAUUGCCAAAGACGAGGAGUUGCUUGUCUGGUAUGGGAAAGACCUGACUGACCUUCUUUUGCUCUGCUCUUCUAGAUCCCACAGCAAAAUGAAUGGGUCUCCCCCUUACACAUGCCUGGACUGCAGCCAGCGUUUCCAGUUCGAGUUCCCCUACGUGGCGCACCUGCGCUUCCGCUGCCCCAAGAGACUGCACAGCGCUGACACCAGCUCCCAUAACGAGCAGGACGGAGGAGGCUGCACAAAGGAACACAGCGGAGGAGGUGGAGGCUGCGGCGACAGCGGCGGAGGCGGCGGCGGUGGCGGCAGCGGCAGCGUGGCCAAGGACCCACAGCAGCAGGAGGCUACUUUGGGACCCGGACCCAAGUAUUGCAAACCACCUACCAUUGCCAUCCACCACUACCAGGCAUCCCAGGACAGCAGCAACCCCUCUGCGCCGGGCGCGGGAAGCGGCGUCAAGCCGUCUACGGAUUUCCACAACCUUGCCCGAGAGCUGGAAAACUCCCGUGGGGGCCGCAGCUGCUCUCCUCCCCGAAGUCUAGGCAGCCGAGUCAACAGCAGUGGCAGCAGCCACCAGGAGGUGGAGCUGAGCCCGAACAGCAACACCACCUGCGCUCUGCACCCCGCCACACCGAGCGGGGGGAGUGGGGGUGGUGGCGGUGGCGGCGGAGGCGGCAGCAGCAUCAAAUCGAAGAGAAAAUAUCCAGAGGAGCUAGAGGAAGGCAGCCGAGGCGGGGUGGUACUGGUGGGGGGCCGAGGCCGCUUUGCUGAGCGGCCCCAGCCGGCCUCCAAGGAGGACCUAGUGUGCACCCCGCAGCAGCAGUACCGCACGACGGGUAGCUACUUCAGCCUAGAGGAAAACGGCCGCCUCUUCGCCCCACCCAGUCCGGAGACUGGCGAGGCCAAGCGCAGCGCCUUCGUGGAGGUGAAAAAGGCCUCUAGGGCCGUCGGGGGAACCUCGGGGCUCCUGCAGGAGGAGGAGGAGGCAGCUGACGGGGCUACGAGCGCCGGAGAGGACAAGGAUCUUGGAGCGGGAGCCGGCGGCUUGGCCAGCAAUACUUCUUCCCCCGCAUCUUCCUCCUCUUCUUCGCCGUCGGGCCCGGAGAAGCUCCUGGGAGCUCGGCCCGGGGGCCCGCUGUCCGCCCGUCUGGAUGGAGCCAGCCCGGCCCGGGGCAGCGCCUUCACCACGGUGCCACAGCUCGUCGGUGGCAGCGGGAGCGCGGGCGGAGGAGGAUCGGGCACCAGCGCAGGGACCGGCCAGGGCGCGGUCCCCGACGAACGUAAAAGCGCCUUCUCACAACCCGCGCGCACCUUCUCCCAAAUGCCUCCCCUAGUUUUGGGCCAGAAGCUGGCCUCGUUGGAGCCAUGCCAUCCGGGGGACGGCGUGGGCCCCACCAGACUGUACCCUGCAGACCCUCUAGCAGUGAAACUUCAGAGCGCGGCUGCGGACCUCAAUGGGGCCCGCGCGCCGCUGCAGAAUGGCGGUGGACUUCCCAAACAGAGCCCCUUCUUGUACGCCACUACCUUCUGGCCCAAGAGCUCGGCGGCCGCGGCGGCCGCCGCCGCAGCUGCCGCCGGACCCCUGCAGCUGCAGCUGCCUUCGGCGCUCACGCUGCUGCCUCCAUCCUUCACGUCUCUCUGCCUGCCCGCACAGAACUGGUGCGCCAAGUGCAACGCCUCCUUCCGCAUGACUUCCGACCUGGUGUACCAUAUGCGGUCACACCACAAAAAGGAGUAUGCGAUGGAGCCCCUGGUGAAGAGACGGCGAGAGGAGAAACUCAAGUGCCCCAUUUGCAACGAAUCCUUCAGGGAGCGCCACCACUUAUCAAGGCACAUGACCUCGCAUAAUUGAAAUGGAAUGGAAGAACCAGUCAGUCAGCGGGAUCUCUACGCACAUGAGGAAAACCAGCUGCAGGAAUGAAACUCACCCCCCCCCCAAUCUUCUGCCUCACCUCUUUCCCAGACACACUCUCUCACACACGCACACAGUGUAGGGCAAAAGGGCCACCAAAUGGGACUCAGAGACAUGAUUUGCCAUUACUUGCACAAACAUCACACCCGGAAAUAGACAUCUGAGUCGGAGAGGGUGGUGGGUUUUUAUUCGGGGGUUUGUUUUGUUUUUGUGGGUUUUUUUAAUGCACGCAUUUUCACUCCCCCAAAAUACAUUUUUAAAAUGUCAUAUAUUGCAACAUAUUGAUGCAUUUGUCAUACGUUUCUACUUAAAUUAUUAAGCACUUACACGAUUUAGAUGUAAUAAUUAUAUGGAAGGGCAAAUUUUUAUUUUAGAUAUAAAGUGCACAGAGAAGAAUGCAAGGCUUCUGCGUUACGCGAUUACAGUUUGUGUUCUUACAAAGCAAACAAGCAAAAAACCAAUUGGAAAAAUGGGGAGGGGGGAUUGGUUUAAGUUUCCAGGGGGAAGUGCAUGUGUCAUGAAAUAGUUACAGGACUUCCAUGAAGAAUGUCAUCGAUUCUGUAAAUAUGUAUUUCCUUUUAAUACAAAGUGUAAUUUUGUGCCAGUGAAACGAAGUAUGCAUAGUUAUGUGUUUUUUUCCCCCCUUCCAAAGAUUUAUCAAACUUUAUAGUUUAUCUCGGUAUGUUGGAUGCUUUGACAAUAAAUGACUAUUUUCUUCAAAGCACUUGGGUGUGGCUAAGUACUCAUUUGGAAAGUGCUUCUGUUCUGUUUGUGGAGUCUGGUUACUGAGAUUUAAGAGGGUAAAAUACCCACAUUCGUUACAGCUGCAGUUUGGAGUGGAUGAGGAUGAAGGAAAAAGCGGGGAAGUAAAAACGAAGAAGAAAAUCCAGGAAUAACGGAAGUUGCAUUUUCCCUCCCCAUUAACAACGUGUUAAGUGGCGGCAAACGUGCAGGAACAGGUAGACAGAUCCAUCUGACGAUCGUGUGGGAAAUCUUGCGUUAUCUUAUUGGGUUUCUGUUCAAAAGAUGUGCCAUUUGCGUAAACACGCAGCUUAUCCCGGAAGGUCAGCUUUCUUACUAGUCGCAAGGUAAUUAGCUUCUUUAAGAGUGCUUGUAGACAAACAAUUUAGGGGCCGAAUCCACCAGAUACAAUGAUUCUCUUCUCCUUCCCUCAUCCUCAAGCCCCUCACCUCAGAUCUUUCACCUAAAAAUGUUUAGGCGCUAACGCGGGCGAGGUGACCACGGAUUUGAAAGCAGUCUACGUGUUGAAAAGUCCCUUGCAAAGGAAGUAAAAACGGCACUGAUCCAAAAUAAUGAUAAUGGCUAUGACAAUAAGAAGAGCAACAAUAAAAAUAAAGUGCUGGCACUUGCCACUGUUUCCACACCCUUGAAGAAACGGAAGGA